AUGGACGGGCACAAGAACAAGACGGAGAAGGGGAAGGAGGAGGUCCGGUACCGGGGAGUCCGGAGGCGGCCAUGGGGUAAGUAUGCGGCGGAAAUAAGGGAUCCGUCGAGGCAAGGGGCAAGACAGUGGCUUGGAACGUUUGAUACGGCGGAAGAAGCUGCAAGAGCAUAUGACAAAGCUGCCUUUAACAUGAGGGGUCAUCUCGCAAUCCUUAAUUUCCCCAACGAAUACUACGCUCAUGUACGAGGAUCCCCACCAUAUCCUCCCUAUUUAGCUUCUUCUUCUUCUUCGGCUUCUUCGUCAUCGUCAGCUUCUUUUCAAGGCCAUGGAAGUGGAAGUUCAUCGUCUGGUUCGUCACGGAGGCAAGUUUUCGAGUUUGAGUGUUUGGAUAAUCAGGUUUUGGAAGACCUUCUUGAACCAGAAGAGGAAAAGAAGAAAAGUAUUGGAGAUUGAUUCUGUUGGGUUGAGCUAUAAUAUAAACCGCAUCAAAUCUCUCUCUCUCUCUCCCCCCUCUCUUUAGUUCCUUUUUUGGUCACGAACAGUCCAGAUAAUUGGAUCUGUCUUAUAUGAAGAUCAGAUUUAUAUGAAAAAGGAGAAAAAACUUGUAUGGGUGCAUCGUUAGUGUCUGUUAAGUUUACUGUGAAUGAACAGAAUCUGAAAAUGAAAUCUACAGCUUCCCAUUGU